UAGUUAUUUUUAGAGUUUAUCAAGUCUUUUGUUAUUGGGCGGAGAUUAUCGGGAUGAAUACGAUUAGCUCAUUCGAUUUUGAGAACGGCGAGCCGGGAAUUGCCAAUGAGCAGCCAUUGUUCGGUUCUCCGCAAAUUCCGGUGUCUGUUCGUAACCAGCUUUGUGGCCGAAAUUCGGUUGCCUGCUGUAAGGGCAAUAUUUUGACAGAGAAGGAUAAACGAAUACAGCUUGUUAAAAUGUUCUUGUUAUCUCUAAUUCCGAUUCUUUCACUUACAUUGCUAGCUGCUGUGGAUAUCGGCAACAUUGUUAAUAAUAGCAGUAUUGAUGGGGAAGUGCGUAACGCAAUCAUAUUCAGCCGUGACAUUGGGGUGCUACUGAGUCGGCUGCAGAAAGAACGGGAUAUGUCGGCACUGUUCGCUAGCCCUAUCCGGCCCGAAGACAACGACUUUCUGACAGAAACGUACCCGCUUACUGAUACAGCUCUUGAAAAUCUUGAAAAGUGGCCCAUUAAGACAAGCGUACUCGAAGCUUUGCCGUUUUUCAACGAGAAACAAGAUCUGAAGCAGCACCUUGCGUGGCAUCGAGAGACUCUGUCAUCCACCAACACCACGAUUUACGAGGAAAUCUAUUUCUAUACGGAACUCCUACAGAUCUUUAUAGACUGGCUAUACGAGAGCGUUGGAAACUCAAAAGGACAUGGCAUGUGGACCACUCUUGUUGCUUAUCAGCUGCUCGUAGUCAGCAAUGUUGAUACUGGCAUCGAGCGAACACUUGGCACUGUUUUUUUUGCUCAGGGCAUUUUCGAUAAACGCAGUGACUACGUGUGGUAUCUUGAUAAAUACAACGUUGGAAUAUGGUAUUUCCAAGCAUCAAUGGGUUACUCAGAACGCAUUGCUCACCUCUACAAAGCUGAAAUUGAAAUAUUAGAUCAGAAUAUAACACAAACAGUCGACGAGUUACGAAAUAUUAUUUUGAAAAAUAAUAACAAUAAGACUGGAAAAACGAGUGGAAUUUCUGUAACACGUUGGUUUGAUAUAAUGACAAUUUAUAUCAACAUACGGGAAAAGGUGCAAAAAAACAUGGCUCAGGACAUUCUUGAUCGAUUGAACCACGAAAUAGACAAAGAUACUGAGUCGAUGGCUGUAAGCGUCUCUCUAGUAGUUGCAGUUACUAUUCUUUGUCCUUUGACGCUUAGAGCUAUUUCAAAGAUGACAACAGAUAUUCAGACCUAUGCAUUAACUUUGGCAGCCCAGACCAAGAAAUUGAACGAAGAAAAAGAGCGUUCCAAUUGGUUACUGUACUCCAUGCUUCCAAAAUCUGUUGCUGAGCAGUUGAUGUACAGGAAGGAUGUGAAAGCAGAGUACUUUGACUUGGUCACAGUUCUUUUUUCAGAUUUAGUGGGGUUCAACAAGUUAUGUUCAAUAAGUGCACCAUUACAAGUUGUUGAGAUGUUGAAUGGGCUGUACAUGAUGAUAGACACCAGAAUCGAAAGAUAUGACGUAUGCAAAGUGGAAACAAUAAAUGAAACAUACAUGCUGGCAUCAGGAUUACCUAAUCGGAAUGGCUUCAAACAUGCUAGUGAGAUAGCAACUGCUGCUAUCGAUAUCUUAUACCACAUCAAUACCCUCGCAGUACCUGCAUAUCCAAACAGGAAAUUCAGUAUAAGAAUUGGAAUACACACCGGUCCGGUUGUGGCAGGUGUAGUUGGUCUGAAAAUGCCGCGUUACGGUCUUUUCGGCGAUACCGUUAACAUUGCGUCACAUAUGCAAACAAAUGGAAUGGCAAACCAUAUUCACAUUAGCAGAGAUUGUUAUCUAGUUUUGUCGGAAUUUGGAAAAUUUUCAAUGCUGUCACGUGGUAGAAUCAAGAUAAAGGAAAAACAAAUGAUGGAGACGUAUUGGCUAAUGGGGCGUGACGACUUUAGUCGAAUCAUCAAUAUAGACGAUAUCCAGUCGAUUAGUACAACUGGUGUAAAAGUCCAUGAGCAUCGUUACAAACACAUGUACGACCAAGUGUGCACGGGUAGGAUCCAAGUGCGUGAUACGUUGUCAUCUUUAAUGACGUGUAAUUUAUGAAAAGAACAUGCGAGUGUUCGCAAUUUCCGCACAAGUGUUUUUAAGCACUAGUGGAUUUACAUUCUCGUGUGUCUUAAAUUCAGGUUUCGCGGAGGAAUAAGAGGAUAUUAGAUAUUUUGUAAAUAUUCAAGACUUAAGAUUUAAGAUUCAUUUAUUGACACAUCUAUUAAAAAAUACAGAUUAUAAAAUGGAAAUUCGUUGUUUGGAUAAGAACAUUUAAAAUAGUAAACAAAACACAAAGUAUAUAAUAACAUUGAUAAUUGCAUAGGCCUAAUAAAUAAAAUAUAUUGUGACAUGAAAUGCAUACAAAGAUAUUCUAAGACAUUGAAAGGGUGGCAUGUGAUUUUGAAUUUACUAAACUGGGAAAAACUUUGGAUGCCUUAAUAGGCCUAAUACAAAUUGAAGCUCGUAAUUUAUUAGCCAUCCAUGAUUUCUUUUUAAAACUGAGGCCAAGAAUCUAGAUGCUAGAUUAUUUUAGAAAAGGCAAUACAAUAUAAUUAUCAUUGUAGGUGUAGAAUACCGGGAUCAUUUAUGUUGAUG